AUGACUCGAAUUGAAACAAGUGUGAUUGACAGCGCAAAUUGCGAGAACAAGGACGCUUGCUUCACACAGGUGCACAUGCGCUCGCCGCGCCAUGCCGAUAUCUUCGAAGACUUCUGCAAAGACAAGCUCCCCAGCGACGACAUCUACGUCCCGCCUCAACACCAGCCAAUAAACCCCGAAGACGAAGACGACGUGGUUCCAGACCAACAUGCUGCGUUUGGUAUUCAACGCGCAACACAAAAGAACAAAGAGCCAGCGUGGAAAGACCUGGGAUUGGCAGAGCUGAUGAAGAAGCAGCCAAAGGAGAGGGACGCUUUUGGUGGUUCGAGCAAAAAGGCGCCGCGGUAA